AUGUUGCACAACAAGUUAUUCUUUUUACUAAAUAUAAGUUAUUACCAUAUGCUCAUCUAUGGAUUAAUGCCGACUACACUGCGAGCCAGCAAAAACUCCAGACUAAGGAUCUGCAAGGUGUCCUACGUAUACUUGAUCUACAGUUUUUGUAUCACGUUAUGUCUGUGUCUGCAAUUUCGGUAUGUGUUCCCUUCUGACUUCUUCGAAGGGUACAUGAAGAACAAUAUAAUUCUACAGUGGAACAUGAUUGUGAAUGCCGGACUCCGAGUUCUUGUCAUCGGCAGCUGCUAUAGUCUUGUCUGGCUGCGUCGACAGCGGUUGGUUCGCCUUUACCUGGAGUUUCUGUUAUACUGGCGAAUGCAUUGGCGCAUUCUAAGACAGAUUGUCGGCGAUCAGGCUCUAGGCAAAUUGCAACUACAGUUGGCGAAUAUUUUGCUGCGGGAAAUCUAUAAGUUUAACAUGGCCACCGUCUUUGCUAUCAUGUUUGCCGUCAAUGUGAACGUACUCUAUCACGGAGUUCAGUAUACCAACAACACAAUUAAGUCAGACACGUCUGGCAACAUUAUUGGUUUUGCACUCAUCGUCACCAAUCUAUGGAGUUCUGCCUUGGUUAUGAAUCUAAUCGAGCAUACGACUAACUCAUGCAAUGAUGUCGGACAACUGUUACGACAGUUUACCGACGAUCGCCGACUAAGUCCAGAGUCACAGAUUGAGUUGGAACUGCUUAUGAGUCGCAUACGAAACCAAAAACUCGUCUUUCGAAUUUGCGGCUGUGUUGUCUUGGACAGAGCUGCCUUUUUGAGCUAUAUUUCAUCUGUGCUGAAUAAAGUUAUCAUUCUCAUGCAGUUCGAUUUAGGACGUAAGCAAGACAUCAAUAAUAGAACGUGA